AUGCCACACGGCUUCGACAAGCUCCUCCAUCCUGAACCGGAGCCACAAUCACCAUCACCCCCUCCACCACCCCGACGACCAUCCACCCAAUCCCGAUACCAUCUCCACAUCCGACAACAACCCAUUGCCGCACGAGCCUGCGGCGCAGGCGACAGAGACCGCCGCCCAGUCGACCCACCCCCAAUCGUGCAGAUCCUCCUGACCGACUUCGACUCCAACUCACAAGAAGACCGGGAUCUCCUCCAAGACCCCCGCUUCACAGUAGGCUGUCUACUAUUCCCCGUCUCACCUUCUUUGCCAUUUGCCGAACCAACAGAAACACAUUCACGCGAGCGCGAUCAGGAGCGAGAUCAAGACCGGGACCGAAAUCGCGAUAGAGAACGAGAACGAGAACACGAACGAGAACGAGAAAGGGAAAGAGAAAGAGAAACUGACGGCGUCGCCCGCACAGACGACAACUUCUCAACCCCAUUACUAUCCGGCAAAGCCUUCAUGUCCCCCUUCUACGUCGAUGCUGACCCAGACCCCAACUCCGCUCCCGCACACCCAUCCUCCAUAUCCGAUUCUCAUCUCUCCAACCCCCCUGACCACGUCUACAACCACGCCGCCUCGCGCCUCCACCAACCAGCCACCUUUUUCAUCUUCGCGGAUCUCUCGAUCCGCUCUGCGGGCCUAUACAGGCUGCAGUUUCGAUUGAUGAAUUGGGGCUCUGUGGAGGAUACGGGACAGUCGAUGCCGAUUCUCGCGGAGGCGUGGUCUGAUCCCUUCCGGGUGUAUCCUGCGAAGGAUUUCCCCGGGAUGAGGGAUUCGUCGAUUCUUGCGGAGGGUUUGAAGGAACUUGGGUUUGUGGAGUUGAAGACGAGGGGGCAUGGGAAGGGGAAGGGGAAGAAGAGGCAGUGA